GGACAGUGAUGAAUGAAAUGAAUCAGAUGUUAGUCAUUUUAGUCAGUUAGCACAAAGACCAUUUCUUACUUCUUGCUUCGAAAAAAACGCGUCAGCGUGUACACUUCGCAGUAAUCUGUGCAAAGGAGCAUCUGCGAUGUUUGGAAAAGAAAAAUAAAACAAAAUUGUUGCGACCGCACGUUUUGGAUUUUGACGCUUAUAGUGAUGAGAGAUAAUAUAGAUGUCAUAAAAAAUGCCGUAGAAGCUAGAAACUUGCAUGAGGACAUAAGGUUAACAAAGCUUUGUUUGGUGAGAAAGCUGUAGUCGUGAUAAGAUGGUAUUUGCGACGUUAGGUACGAUGCAGUGUCAAAUAUAAUGCGUUAUUGACACGCAAAAUUUUCCAAUAGUUUCUGUAGGUGACGUUGGCCAAGUCCGUGUGCUACAAUAUGCCGUUAUUCAAUGUUUUACAAGAGACGCUGGACAUCUCUUCAACAGAAUGAAGGGUUUCAAAGUAUCUGAUGCUAAGCGUACCAGGAGAGUGGGUGUUGCUUGCUGCUCUUUAGAUGAGCUGAAGAAGAAAGGUCGGCUGAAGUUAAACAUUGAUGAGGAUGUGACAGUCCAGCUAGAAGAUGGUACAAUUGUUGAUGAUGAAGACUUCUUUCAGACCGUUAAGGAGCAGUCACUUCUUAUUUUACUUAAAGACGGAGAAGAUGCCAUUACAGGGGCAGAGCUACUGUACAGUGCAUUGAAGAUAGUAAAUAUUGAGUUAUUACAAGUAGGUGACCUAGCAGAGCAGUUCUUGUCAGAAAACCUUAAGGAAAAAAUGCAUAUCCUGACAUCAGCUGUUGAAAAAGCCAGAAAAAUGAAGACCGCAAAAGAACGAAAGGAGAAAGUGGUGAAAAGUCAUCGAAAAGAUGACCCUGAUUGGUUCGUAGGUAUCGAUACAAAUGCUGAUACAAAAGAGAAGUUCUUAUUUCAGCGUUCUCAGGAUCGAAUUAGAGGUUACUUUUACAAAACUCAGACUGCAAUUCAGAAAUCUGAAAUUUAUAAAAGAAAUAAAGUAGCACGGUCAAAAUUAAUUGAUGCUUGUACAAGUCUUACAAAUUACUUGAAGCAAAGACAGUACUUUGGAAGCUACUUUGAUAGAACUGCUGAAUCAACUCGUCUCUGUACAACAUUUGGUGACUUCCAAUGUCAAGGGUUGUUUUAUUCACCUUGUUGCUCCUACAGUCAUGUUAUUAACCCUUAUGAGAGCCGAGAAGCAAGAAUUAUGUUUUCAACAUGGAAUCUUGAUCACAGAAUUGAACGCAGCCGAGAGAUAGUGCCUGGAAUGUUAAAGGCAGCAAAGAUAGCAGCCCGAGAAGGAUACAUGAUAAAUUCAGAGUAUUUUUUUGCACUGCUGUUUACUUUAGACAAUCUGAAACUUGUGCACGUCUUGUGUCAUGACAAAGGCAAACAUGAAAUGGGAUGUGAUGAAUCUAGGAUUGUAAUAAAAAAUAAAUAAAGCACAAACUGGUCAUAAAGAGCAAGUACUGUGUUUAUGAAGUGACUCUGAUGGUUCAGAAUUAAGAGUUAUUUCUAAUUUAUGGAAAUUUAUGUGAAUGUUGUGUAUAUCUUUCAAUUAAAAGUUUUAAAGAAAUUUCCCACAUUACUUUUUUUAUGUAUUCCAUGAGUGAAGUUCCUUUUUUACUGAUUUACUCUAUAGAUAUUGUAAUUGUGUAUUGACUGAAAUAUUCCAACUUA